AAAUAUCAACAACAUUUAAAUCGAAAAAAUCCUUGCCGACCUAAGAAUCUUACUCAAGCUCCAGCCAUUCAAAAUCCUGCACCAAUUCCAGCACAAAAUACAUCACCAGUACCGAUUCCCGAAGGCGAUCUUAUAUCAUUUGACGAAACCCCACCGACGCACCAGCCACCCCAGCCGAGAGAGGCAAGCGCGCCGGCAGUCGACCUUUUAAUUGAUUUAACGAUAGAUGAAUUGAUAAAACGGCUAUCAAAACCAGAAAUAAAAAAUAAUAAAAAAAUAGAUAACGAAAAAGAUAGCGAACCAA